GUCAGGCAAUCAACUCGAGGAACUACCCGGAAAUAUUUUUGCCAACCUCUCCAAGCUGUUAAAUAUAAAACUGGACAAGAACAAGCUUAAGAGCCUCCCCAGGGAUUUGCUUCGUACUCUGGUCAACUUAAACGGGCUGUAUCUGUCCGAAAAUAACAUCGAGAAUUUACCCAAAGGGAUUUUCAGCGGCACGAGAAAACUUCAGGUUCUCACUAUUUCUGAUAACAAGAUUCCCAGUGUCACCAACGAAAACUUUAAUGACCUUCCAAAAUUGGUUAUUUUGAAUAUGCAAAAAAACCAAAUGUCUGAGCUUCCUAACGGGUUUUUCGAUGGAAUGAAGGACAUCAUGAAAGUGAUAGUGGACACCAGUCUUAUGUGUUGUCAUCUGACAAAAGAAGACGCCCAAUGCACCUCUUUAUACGACGACAGCUUCGCCAGUUGCGAGAGCAUGUUCCGCGACUCAGCUCCACGUAAAAGUAUUUGGGCAAUCGGAAUCCUUUCUUUGCUUGGUGCUGUGUUCGUAAUUGUGUGGCGUCUAAUCUUUAAAGAGAGAAACGUAGUCCAGCUUAUCAUGUUAAUGCACUUAGCAGUUGGGGAUUGCUUGAUGGGCGUUUACUUGGUCACCUUAGGUGCCAAAGACCUGUUAUGGUCGGGAAGUUACUAUCUGCAUGACUUCCAGUGGCGAUCCGGUUUGUCGUGUCAGGUUACAGGUGCGAUCUCAGUGCUGUCCAGUGAGGUGUCUGUAAUGAUACUGGCGCUCAUCUCUGCUGACAGGCUGAAGAACAUCGUUUUCCCAUACCAUGGCAGAGGGCUGACUCGCAGGAAGGCACACAUUCUGUGCGCGAUUAUUUGGGUCCUUAGUUUUGUCAUCGCAUUCCUUCCCCUCAGUGGCAUUGGCUACUUUUAUGACGCCCUAGAGCGCCCUGCCUACUACGGACGUUCCGUUGUGUGCCUCCCACUGCAACUGUCCAACAGGUUUCCAGCUGGUUGGGAGUUCUCCAUCGCUAUCUUUGUCGGGUUAAACUUCCUCCUCUUCCUGUUCAUGACGGUGGCCUAUGUCGCAAUUUUCCUUAAAAGUUAUCGCUCCAGCCGUCAGCUUGCAAGGGAGGGAACCCGACGAGAGGUGCAGGCAAGAAAGAAGAACGCAAGUUCCAGAAGGGAGAGAGCAUUGGCCAAAAGAGUCUUCUUUAUCAUCCUCACAGAUUGCGCCUGUUGGAUGCCGAUAAUAGUCAUGGGCAUCAGGUCUUUGGUUGAAAAAGAUUACAGUCCCCGAGGAGAUCUUCCUGCCUGGAUCGCCGUGUUUGUGCUGCCAAUUAACUCAGCCUUGAAUCCAAUUAUCUACACCCUAUCAACCCCUCAGGUGCAGGGCAUAUUGCGACCUAAACUGCGAAUUUUGAUGAACCAUGUGCGCAGCUUUUUCUCUUGCUGUAAAAAACAACAAGAUCAUCAAGAUCAGGAACAGGGAGACGAUGGAAUGCUAGAAAUGGUGGAAAUGGUGCAACUUGGACAAGCAGAUCCAGAGCAAGGUGCAGGCCAAGUUAACGAGGAAGAACACGUGCUGCCGGCUGAAGCAGCUCAAGAAGAAGAAGUACAUUUGUUGAUUGGCGGAGAAGAAAAAGACGAAGAUGAGGGCAACGGAGGAAAUUUGCAAAUGGUUGUUGUGGAAGUUCAUCCAUACAAAGGACCACGAGAUAAUGCAGUCCAAACUAUGACUUAUGGACAAGAACAAAAGCAGGAUUCUGAACAGGACAAGGAAGGACAACAGGCAGCUUCCACAGAACAACCAUCAACUUCCUUUGAGGGUGAAGAAGAAAAAGAGGCCGUUGAAUUUGAAACCAAAAGUAGUGACAGAGAUGAUCGAACUACCUCGGACCGACCAUCAACUCCUUUGAAGGAAACCAGCGAAGAAGCUAUUGAACACGAAGACAACAAGAGAGAAGAAAAAGAGAAAGAAACAUUUGAGGAAGCUAAAGAAUACCGAGACACAAUGGGUGAGGAUGAUGAGAGCAAGAACGUCCCAGCUAAACCAGAGUAG